UGCUAUGACAUUCCCUUACAAAAGGCCAUGGAAUACUGUUCGUCAAUCCAUGCCAAUUAAGCAGGGUUCUCAUAUGAUCACAAAUGGUGUUGUCUUGGGAUCAACUUAUAAUUCCAUGACCGAUAGCAAACCAUUCAAUUGUUUGAGAUUGGAAGAAAAUCGAAAAGUGCGUGGAACUGGCACAUUUUUUCCCAAAUCAGAACUGAAUGGUUGUUCAUGCAGGGAGAGGUCGCCACAGGGAGGGGAAAGAAGCAGGCAGCGGCCAAUCACUGUCAGGUCCAGAGACAUACUCGUAUCAAUGGCAGUGGUCCUACCUAGCCAGAGAAGAAGUCAUCUGAGGAAGUGGCCUGUGAGGUUCCACGUGGUGGGAAGUCUGGAUUAAACUCCAAUGAUGAAGAGUUCUGCAUUUCAUCUAAUAAACUUGAAU